UAGACAAGCACAUGUGAAUGAUCCAACAAUUUGCUCGAAAAAGCUUCAACUACCUACACGAAACGAAUAUGCCCUGAUUAUAGUAUAGAUCCUGCCUAGAGCUGUAAAUUGCUGUCUACUCCCUUUGCCCAUGUCUUGCCUCAGGUAGCUUUAGACUUCGGGUAGUGUGCGUCAUCAAAAUGGGGAUUAAAGGUAUCUACAAGGAGAUCGGCCCGGGGAAGCGUGUAUCCCUGACCAAACUCGCUGUUGAAAAACUCGAGGAAUCAGGCCGGCCCUUGCGAAUUGCCAUAGAUAUCUCUAUAUGGCAGUUUCAAGUCCAAGCCGCGAGAGGUGGCUCGAACCCUGCCAUUCGCACACUCUUUUACAGGUUGUUGCGUCUUCUUGGCUUAUCGAUUCAGCCCAUUUUCGUAUUUGAUGGGCCCAACAAGCCAACCUUCAAGCGAAACAAGCGCUCUGGCCGAGGCGAUGGCGUGGCAACUGCCAUGGCGAAGCGCUUAAUACGGCUGUUCGGCUUUAUAGUCCAUGACGCACCAGGCGAGGCCGAGGCGGAAUGCGCGCUAUUGCAGCAAAACGGCAUUGUAGAUGCUGUGCUGAGUGAGGACGUCGACACCAUAAUGUUCGGCUGUACUCGGACGCUGCGAAAUUGGUCGGCGGAGGGCACCAAGGGGGCGAAAACGCCAACGCAUGUUUCCGUAUAUGACAGCCAGGAGCUUGUUGAUGGUGCCUCGGGUCUGGACCGCGAAGGCAUGGUUCUUGUGGCCCUGAUGAGCGGUGGCGACUAUCUUCCCGAGGGAAUACCUGGCGCCGGCGUUAAGCUGGCUUGCGAGGCUGCUAGAGCAGGGUUUGGCAAAUCGCUUUGUCAAAUCAAGAGGUCCAAUACCUCAGAAUUAGCUAGCUGGAAAGAGUGGUUGACAUACGAAUUACGACAUAAUGAAAGCGGUUUCUUCAGAACACGGCACAAAGCUUUGAACAUUCCUGAUGAUUUUCCAAAUAUGGAUAUACUUCGAUACUACACUCAUCCCGUGGUAUCAACGAUAGCGACACUAGAUCAGUUGAAACAGCAAACGUGGGACAAACCUAUUGAUGUCCAGGGGCUUCGGGAGUUCGUACGUGAAACUUUUGACUGGAGUUACCGGAUAGGAGCGGUGAAGUUUAUCAGGGUUUUGGCACCAUGCCUCUUGGUACGCAAAAUGAUGCAACAAAAACCCGGCACAAGUACAGCUUCUGGAGAAUCAGGACAGGGGCCAUCUGGCUUGGUCAAGGCCAUCUCAACCAGGCGAGCCCAUUUCAGUACAGACGCUACCCCAGAGUUGCGUCUAUCAUUUAUACCAUCUGACAUCGUCGGCUACAAUUUCCAGGAGGAGCCUGACGAAGUAAUAGAUUUUGGGCGUGAUGGCCUAGCCCUUAAUAGCGAUGACGAAAUAGAGGAUAUAGCCGGGGAGGUAGGCGAUGCUGAUUCUACAUCGAAACCAGGUCCAAGGAAACCGUUCAGUCCCACGGAGUCAGAUCUAUUAUGGGUACCGGAAACAAUAGCCCGGGCUGGUAUACCCUCAAUGGUUGAGGAAUGGGAGGAAGCACAGCGUGUAAAGGCUAUAUCUCGAUCUAAACCGAAGGCUUCAAGGAACAAGGCUAAAACAGGAGCAAUAGCAGCAGGAUCACUAGAUAAAUUCGUCAGGAUCACGAAGAAUAUUGGGCCGCAGACGGCGGCGGCCAAGCGGCCAACUCAGCCACCAGUGAGCCUAGGUUCAUCACCUGUUCGGGCUCACCCACCACUGGACUCCCUCCGGGCCUCAUCCCAGAGUACUCAACCAUUCUUUACAUCAAGUCAGGAGACACAGAAAUCUCGACCAGUGAGACCUAGUAAGCUACCCACAUCUAAGCCGUCGCGAUCCGAAAGGAAACCUCCAGGAGGCCCCAAGGCGGACGCCAACACCAACCCUUGGACCAUUGCCAGCUCACAAGGGACACCCAGGCUCACCAAAUCUACAACAUCAUCAUCAACCAAGGCUUCCGAACCGAUUCUCAUAUCCUCUAGCCCGCCUUCGUCGCCUCCCGAGAAUAUUUCUUCCUCUAUGAAUUAUACCAAGGGCAUAUAUAACGACACUAGGGCGGACCCUUUUUCAAUGCAGCCAGUAGGCCCGAGGAAAAGGCGAUCACUGACCCCUAUAGUAGACGAGGUCGAUGUCUCGAGUCGUAGGAGCGCCAGAGACUCGAGUCCCACACCAUCUCCCGCAAUGAAACCACAGCGCAAACUAGCCCGCACAGAGUCAUUACCCAUUGACUCGAGCCCGCGUCGUCCAGAGCGACGAACGACAAGAGGACUCGCACGAGCACAAACUGUCGCAGUCGAGAUUCUACCGUCCGAUUCCGAGGACGGGGAAGAACACAAUGGCGACGAGGAUGAUUUCGAGCUACCACCUCUCAGCAGUCUAAUCAACAAACUCCCCGCCAGCAAAAAGACUCCAAUAGAGACUCCAACUCCCACCUCUUCACCUUCUACAAAACCCACCGGGAACGCACAGACACAACAAAAAGACAAGCCGAAACAAACAACCCUAAAAGAAUCCCUCAACAUCACGAGGACGACAAAACUCUACAUGCCCCGCAAAAGCCAGCCAGGAUUCUUCCGCGAGAUCGACGUCGACGUCGCCGAAGCCGACGCCCUCAAGGGAGAAUUCAUCGCCGCCGCAGCCGCUUCUUCGGGCGGGAGACGGCUGGGGGUGUGGAGGCAGAGCGAUGUCUCUUGUAUCGAUCUCACGGGCGAAGAUUAAGUCCUUAAUCAGCGUGAUUGAGAUAUACAAAAAGGUUAUAUACUUAUAUAUAAGCCGACGGGGGUUGGGAGGGGGGUCUUGGAACGGCGACAAUUUUGGUAUUCAAAAAACAGCAUCUAUCUAGCAUUUGCACUUGCAUUAUCCAUUGAUAGUGUUAACAGGAGGGGUAGAAGCGUUACAUAGAUAUAUAAAAUGCA